UCUAUCUCAAGUUCACAGAUGUUACUUACAAGGUGACAAUUAAGGGAAUGACUUCAUCAGUAGAGAAAGAUAUAUUGAAUGGAAUAACUGGUUCAGUGGAUCCAGGCCAAGUCUUGGCACUUAUGGGACCUUCAGGAAGUGGAAAGACUUCACUCUUGAAUUUGCUCGCCGGAAGGUUAAUUCCGGCCAACGUUGGUGGUUCAGUCACUUACAAUGACCAGCGUUACUCCAAGUUUCUUAAAAGUAGGAUAGGAUUUGUGACUCAAGAUGAUGUUCUGUUUCCUCACCUUACAGUGAAAGAAACUUUAACAUAUGCAGCUCUGCUUAGAUUGCCCAAGAAAUUGACAAAAGAGCAGAAGGAGAAAAGGGCCAUAGAUGUCAUCUAUGAACUAGGCUUAGAAAGGUGUCAAGACACUAUGAUUGGAGGCUCCUUCGUUCGAGGCGUUUCAGGUGGAGAAAGGAAAAGAGUUUGUAUUGGAAAUGAGAUUAUAAUCAACCCUUCUCUUUUAUUUCUUGAUGAACCUACCUCUGGCUUGGAUUCUACAACUGCUUUAAGAAUAGUUCAAAUGCUACAAGAUAUUGCCGAGGCUGGGAAAACUGUGGUGACAACAAUCCAUCAGCCAUCAAGUAGACUAUUCCACAAGUUUGACAAGUUGAUUCUUUUAGGAAAAGGAAACUUGCUUUAUUUUGGAAAGGCAUCAGAAGCAAUGACUUAUUUCUCAUCAAUAGGUUGCAACCCUCUAAUUGCCAUGAAUCCAGCAGAGUUCUUGCUAGACUUAGCAAAUGGAAACAUAAAUGAUGUUUCUGUACCAUCAGAAUUAGAUGAUAAAGUGCAAAUGGGAAACUCUGAUAAUGAAACCAGAAAUGGGAAGCCAUCCCCUGCAGUUGUACAUGAGUAUCUCGUGGAGGCCUAUGAAACACGGGUUGCAGAAAAUGAGAAGAAGAAGCUUAUGGCUCCUAUACCUCUAGAUGAGGAAGUGAAGCUGAAAGUUUCUUCUCCGAAACGACAAUGGGGAGCAAGCUGGUGGGAACAAUAUACUAUAUUAUUCUGCAGAGGAAUCAAAGAAAGGAGACAUGACUAUUUUAGCUGGUUGAGGAUAACCCAAGUUCUGUCAACUGCAAUAAUCUUAGGUUUACUAUGGUGGCAAUCUGAUAGUAGCAGCCCUAAGGGCCUGCAAGAUCAGGCAGGGCUGCUUUUCUUUAUUGCUGUUUUCUGGGGAUUCUUUCCUGUCUUCACUGCAAUUUUUACAUUUCCUCAAGAAAGAGCAAUGCUUAAUAAGGAACGUGCAGCGGACAUGUAUAGACUCAGUGCAUAUUUCUUAGCAAGAACUACAAGUGAUCUUCCACUUGAUCUGAUACUACCUGUACUUUUCCUUCUCGUCGUCUAUUUCAUGGCAGGCUUGAGAAUGAGCGCUGCUCCUUUUUUCCUUAGCCUGCUCACAGUUUUUCUCUGCAUUGUUGCUGCUCAGGGUCUUGGACUAGCUAUUGGGGCUACACUGAUGGACUUAAAGAAGGCUACAACAUUGGCUUCAGUAACCGUGAUGACCUUCAUGUUGGCUGGAGGAUACUUUGUGAAGAAAGUUCCGAUAUUUGUGGCUUGGAUUCGCUACAUGUCUUUCAACUACCACACUUACAAACUUCUUCUCAAAGUGCAAUAUGAGCACGCGUCCUCUCCUAUAAAGGGAAUGAGAAUAGACAGUGGACUGACUGAAGUAGGUGCAUUAGUAGCAAUGGUCUUUGGCUAUCGCCUCUUGGCAUACAUUUCACUGAGGAAUAUGAAGCUAAAUUGUAGUGCCUGAUAGGUGAAAAACUUCAGACGAACAUGAAUCUGGAAAACCUCCCUACUAUUCUGAAUCGGACUAAUCAUCAAAGCAACCUCACAUUCUAGAAUUGUGUUUUAUGAGAAGCAGACACGGAUUCCAUAAUCCAGAACCAUCAGAUUUCUGCUUUUUUGCAUCAUAAUUGCAUCAACAGGAGAAUUACAAGCUACCUUAAGAAUGUCGGUAAGAGGAUUUUGCUGUGGAGAAUUUUUAGAAAUGUCAUUACUGUUACCUUACAUCAGCAGAAUUUCAUUUUCAAAAGCUAGUCUUUGAAAUUAUUUAUUUGCAAUGAUGUAAUAUUUUUGCUAGAAAUAAUAAAUUGAAAUAUUAAAAUGUCAAUAAAUUUGGGGUUUUAAGUAUUAAAUUUGUAGGUGUUUUUAUAAGUUAUAUAUUUAAGCAGAUAGAAGGUUAGAGUUUGUUAUUAA